AUGAAAUUCUUAUUCAUUUGUUUAAUUUAUGUUUUAGUACAAUCCCGAUCCACCCCUGAAGAGAUAGACCAAUAUAGAAAUUCAUCAAAACUUGUUGUUAUUGAAUAUAUGUCAGAAAAAUGUCAAUUUUGUCAAUUAAUUGAUAAAGAAAUGAAUGAGACAAUCUCUGAACUUUCAAUGCUAAAUAAUAUUAAAAUAUUCCAAAUUGACUGUGACAAAUACAAAAGUUAUUGUGAACGAGAUGGCGUUUCUGCAUAUCCUACUAUUCUUCCAAUUAGAAAUAACUUUAUGUACAAUGAAUUAAGAAGACCAAGAGAGGGUUGGAAUUGGAAAUUACAAAUACUUGAAAUUGCAAAUGCUCCAAUGCCAAAAUAUGUUGUUGGAAGAACUAAAUUAAAUAAAAUAGCUAUUCCAAAGCAACACCUAAAUCAUCCCUUUAUGAUGAAUAAAUAA